AUGGCUUUCUCCGUACGUGCUGCCCUUUGUUCUCCUACCACCGCCGCCACCACCAAAACUUUGUCGUUUAUCAACCGGCGGACUCCAUCACGCUAUCAUCUGAAUCUGUUGUGUCGUACAUAUUGUGCUCCGGUGACUGCUACUUGUAGCAGCAGUAGUAACCCAAAGGCGGCGCCAUUGCUCAUGCUACCACCAGCCCUCGACAAUAAUAACAAAAAGAAUCUUGUUUUUCGAUUUUACAAGCUGGCCGAGAACCAAGUGAUUAGCAGGAGAGACGAAGAAGAGAUAAUAACACCAUCAUCUGUUUCUGAUUUGUCGAUUGUGGGUUCGUCACACGGCUGGCUGUCCAUGUUAGACGAUUCCAAGAGCGGCGGCCUCUUCCUCUAUAAUCCACUCACUCAACGCCGCAUAAAUCUCCCGCCCCUUCCUGAAGGAAUUUCCUUGGUAACAAGCCUCGUCCUGUCCGGGCCCCAUCCCGAUGAGGACGACAGCUGUCGCGCUGUAGCUCUUCUCGGCUAUGAAAACAGUUUGGCCUUCUGCUGCCCCAACAGCCGCACGAGGGCCGAGUGGACGCAACUCGGCAAACGCACCGGCUACACGUCCGUUGCCUACUCCACUUCACAAAAGCGCUUCUUUUGUUUUGCUAGCAAAAGUAGUAGUCAUGAUGAUGAGGAAGAUGGUGAUGGUGAAGAGGAGGAGGAGGAUGAGGAUGAAGAAAAUGAUGAUGAUGAUGAUGAGGAAGAUGGUGAUGGUGAAGAGGAGGAGGAGGAUGAGGAUGAAGAAAAUGAUGAUGAUGAUGAUGAUGACGACGAUGACGACAACGACGAGCUUUAUCCUCAUCUGGAGGCAUGGGACCUUCAGGACCCCGUUUCCCCGACCAUGAUUCCAAUGCUCAUUUGUGUGGACAAAAAGUGUUACCCCGUAGCCCACAGUUGCAAGGAGGAGUACGAGUACAAAAGAUAUUCGUGCCGUGAUUACCAAUUCCUGGUAGUUGCAGAGGCGUCGGGACAGCUUUUUCAUGUGAGGCGGUUCGUCAAGGAUUGGAUGGGUCCUAAGGAUUACUACGCGGUAGAUUCCUACUACGGCCCCAAGGUGGGCAUGCUUAAGGAUCCUCCUCCCUAUGUCUCCAUGGGUUUUGAUGUUCACAAGUACGACCCGGAGACCGGCUCUCUGGUUUACAUGGACGCCUCACUCGACGGCCUAGCAUUCUUUGUUGGUACCAACAAUGGGUUUGCACUCCCAGCUGCCGACCACCCUGGACUGAAACCAGACUCCGUUUAUUACACAGAGCCACCACAGUGGAUACAUAUCGGUGGACAUGAUGUUGGUAUCUUCGAUUACAAACUCAAGGACUUUUGUCCCUCCCCAUGUUUUUACCCUACUGACGUGCAGAGCACCAAAACUACUUGUGGACCAAAGUGGUUCACUCCAUUCUCCCCUUGUUAG